CCCAUCGUGGGUAGGUCCCUGGGAGGCGGAAGAGCAGCGGGGGCUGGAAGGUUGUGGAGUUGCAUGUUGAGCUCGAGUCGCGGGUGUUUAAGUGGUCGCGCCCCCUUUGGAGAACGCGACCCGACGGCUGGGCGGUCCUGGGCUCUUCCGCCUCGCGGUGUUUGUAAAGUGCUGCCCAGUUACCCCUGAACAUAGUUGAAACAGAAAAUAGGAAGAUGGCAGCAAACCCUUCAGGACAAGGUUUUCAAAACAAAAAUAGAGUUGCAAUCUUGGCAGAACUGGACAAAGAAAAAAGAAAGUUACUAAUGCAGAACCAAUCUUCAACAAAUCAUCCUGGAGCUAGCAUUGCGCUCUCGAGACCCGCUCUCAACAAGGACUUCCGGGACCACGCUGAGCAGCAGCAUAUUGCAGCCCAGCAGAAGGCAGCUUUGCAGCAUGCACAUGCACAUUCAUCGGGAUACUUCAUAACUCAAGAUUCUGCAUUUGGGAAUCUCAUUCUUCCUGUUUUACCUCGCCUUGACCCAGAAUGAAGAAAAUAUUUGUAACGGAAGUGACCUGGUAACAUCAGAUGCCAAAGCUACUAACCUUCAGUGCUGUACAAACCGUGACUUUCAGAAGUUUGGUGGACUUUUUUAUAUAUUUUGUUUCUUUAAAAGAAAGAUAAGUAUAAGUGAAAGCAAAAAAAGGAGAGUGACCAGGAUGAUGAAAGCUCUGGAAGCUGUAUUAUCUGGGAACUGAUGCUGCUGCUCAGGACUAUAAUCUGUGUGUAAGGCAGUUUGAUUUUUAAUUCUGAAUCAGACCCCAAAGUGAUGUGGUCACACAACCCACCUCCCAAACUAGUUGGACUGAAUAUAUCAUGUCUACAGUAGACUUUCAAGAACCAUUUAAAGUACUUUAUGAACAAAUAAGGGUGCUUUUAAAAAAUGUGAACCAGUAGGCUUAAGUUACAUUCACAUUUGCUGUUUAUAGAAUUGAUAUCAGUGUACCUUUUGUGUUUAUAGUCAUCAUAUCCUAAAAUAUCCUUUAACUGGUAACUAGUUUGCCUAUUCUCAAUUUUAAAAGAAAACCCAAGAUGCGAGUAAAUUACCCGCCAGUCGUAAAUACCUUUUAUAAAUCUAUGCCACUGUAAAUUAUGUGACUAAAUACUAUUAAAAACAAUAAGAAGUACAGUUGUAAA